AUGGCCAGUAGUGACAGUGAUAGUGACUCUUAUGAUCCUGCAGAGGUUUGUAGAACAAAGAAAGAAGUAAAGUUAGAAGAUGGUCUACGCAAGACAGUUCCUGUGUUUAUGAAAAGCAGUAGUGAUAUCGCUUCAUCAGCCCCUCUUCAGACAUCUACUGAAAAGAUAGAUUUGGUACUGGGAGCAACAACAAAAACAACAACAACAGCAACAACAUCAAGAAUAAAAGUAAAUUCUGAUAGAAGAGAGAUUGGGGCAUCUUUUGCUAAUACAGAUCAUGUUCUUCGUGGGGUAACUGGUCGUGUUCGUUCUAUUUGUUAUAGUUCAACAGGAUCUACACUUUGUGCUGGAGGUGAGGGUGGAAUGGUUUGUAUGUGGGACUUUAAAGUUCCUUUAGAUAGUCGAUCUGUGAAACCGACACGUAUUCUUACACCAUUUCCAAAUCGUAUUUCUGGUUUUCAACCAGUUAUCUCUGUAAAUGCAGCCUGUGAUGGAUCAUAUUAUGUGGCUUGUCAAGAUGGUGAUUGUCCUGUUUUAAUUGCAUCUAGUGGUAAACAAUUAGGAUAUUGUGCUAUGGGAGAACGUGGUAUUGUAGAUGUAGUUCAAUGUAAAGGACAUCGAGCCCCUGUGACAUGUUCAGCACCAUCCCCUUCUGUUAUUUCACGUUUUUUUACUGGAUCACAAGAUAGUACAGCUCGUAUAUGGGAUUCCGGAUCAUUUGAAAGACGUUCUGUAUAUGCGGUUAAACAUGGUUCAGGUCAACUGUUGGAAAAUGUAGUAGUAGAGUCGAUUAUACCUAUUCAAAGUAUUGGUAGUGAUAAAUCGUCUGUAUUUGCUACUGGUGGAGUGGACGGUCUUGUUCUAUUAUGGGAUUCACGUCAAAAGUAUCGACCUGGUGGUGCACUUGCUGUAUUGGAUAUGUAUAGUAAGACUCCUGCUACUGGUGGUGGUCCUUUAUCAUCAUCACGAUCUAUGCCGAUAGAUGAUGGUCCAUUUUUUGAAGAAAAACACGUGGGUGGAAUGGUAGAGCCGGACUCUUCACGUCCAUUCCUUUGUAUACGAUGUGGAUCUGUAGUACGAGUGAUAGAUCUGCGAAAAAUUGGGAAAAGUGGCGUUGUUGAAGAUGUUUCUCCUCCUCUCACUUCUCUCUCAUUUGUCACUGAUACAACUCCACUGGUUUCAUGUACGAGUGCCCUAUACUCGCAGGAUAAACCAUCUUUCUUGACUUGCACAAGUCGUGCGGGUUAUCAGCAUGUUGCGGGUGGCCACGUGGUACAGUUUACAUACAUGGAUGGUACCUUUCAACCAUCUAUGGUAUGGCGACCCUCUUCAAGUCAUGAUAAUAAUAGUAGUGGUAAUGGUAUCGCUAAUAAUAAUAAUAAUAAUAAUAAUAAUAAUAAUAAUAAUAAUGAUGGAGAUGAUGUCCUCACAGUUGCGGUGGAUGUAGUGGGUGGACAGUUGUUUGCUGGACGGCAGUGUGGUGAUAUUGUGGCACGUGUAAAGCGGCGGGCAGCGGGUGAAGACGGUGAAUAUACAACAGGAACACCAACGGUGCGGUCAUGGCUGGCAACAAGACCGGAGCGUGAAAUACGUGUAGUUGGGAAGAAAUCAACGAGAGAAGACGCAUUUGAUCAGGACAAUAUGGAUGAUUUGGAUUUUUAA